CGAGGCAGGGCAUCGCAGACCAGGUUGCCAGUACUCCUCACAACGCCGAGGAGGGAGCACCAUCACCAAUAAGGCUUCCUUCCCUUCAUCCUGCAAAUAUCUGUACUUCGCUGCUCAAAUCAAGGCUGUGGUUGUGGUGGUCGUGCCGGCAAGAAUGGGAGAAGUGCAGGCAGCGGUGGUGGUCGCGGUGAUGGGAAUGGUAAUGGUUGUAGGAGUCAUAGGAUCUCAGGCCUUCACGCUGCCAUCCCCGUGGGGCUACCAGUGCGUGAACAACACUUGCGUCAAGAAGCUGGCUGAUGGCACAUUGCCACUGGCCACGCUGAACGAGUGCAAGCUGACCUGUGGCAAGAUGGGCGUGUUGUGGCCGCAGCCUACCUCAGCGUCUCUGGGUUCCGAGGUGGCGUACUUCUUGCCUUCCAAUGUGGUGGCUGCAGCCUUCCUGCCGGGCGAGGCGUGUUCCCUGCUGCAGGAGGCUUUUGCUGUCUUCCGUGACAACCUCGAGCGUUAUCACCCAUUGUAUAGCAACGAAAGGCGCCCCUGGAUGCAGCCCUGGCAGCCAGACGCAUCGGCACACAGCCUCGUGGUCAAGGUGACGGUGACCAUCCCUGAGGUGAAAAUGAGUCUGGACACCCAAGAGGACUACCUGUUGGAGGUAACAACGGCGGGAGGCGUCACCACUGUCACCAUCAACGCUAACACUUUUUUCGGGGCGCGCCAUGCACUUGAGACCCUCACGCAACUUAUCGAGUACCAGGAAAUCCACGGGCUGCUGAUGGUGGUCACCAGCGCCUCGGUGAGGGACUCACCCGCCUUCUCUUACCGAGGACUGUUGCUCGACACCUCCAGAAAUUUCAUCAGUGUGGCGGCACUCAAGCGUACGUUAGAUGCUAUGGCUGCCUGCAAACUGAACACACUGCACUGGCACAUCACAGACACGCACUCCUUCCCGCUGUACCUCGACACGUUGCCCAACAUGGUGUACUACGGCGCCUAUUCCUCAGAGCAAGUAUAUUUCCCCGCUGACGUGCGUGAGAUCCUACACUACGCCAAAGUGAGAGGCAUUCGUGUCCUACCUGAGUUUGAUGCCCCGGCUCACGUUGGCAAUGGAUGGCAGUGGGGAGAGAUGCAAGGCCUUGGCAAGUUGGCGGUGUGCGUCAACAAGGAGCCGUGGCAGAGUUACUGUGUGGAGCCUCCGUGUGGCCAACUCAACCUGGCCAACCCCAACAUGUAUAGCGUGUUAGGGCAGGUUUAUAAGGAGUUUGUGGAUGUGUUUGGCCCCAUUGAUCUCUUCCACUAUGGAGGUGAUGAGGUCAAUCUCAACUGUUGGAAUACAACAGAUGAGAUCAUCUCCUGGAUGACGAGGAACGGGUAUGGCCUGCAUGCUGACGCUUACUACCAGCAGUGGAGCAUCUUCCAAGAGAAGUCCCACAAAUUGUUAACAGCUGCGAACAAGGGUGUGGAGGUACCGGGAAUCCUGUGGACAUCACACUUGACAGAGGCGGGGCGCGUGGACCGUUUUCUCAACAAUUCGCAGUACAUCAUUCAGGUGUGGACCACGGGCCACGACCCCCUCAUCGCCGAGCUGCUACAAAAGGGUUACCGCCUCAUCUUCAGCAACUACGACGCCUGGUAUCUGGACUGUGGAUUCGGGGCGUGGGUGGGCGAGGGCAACAACUGGUGCAGCCCCUACAGUGGUUGGCAGAAAGUGUACGACAACAGUCCGCACCAGAUGGCGCUCAAUCUCACCAACUCCACAUAUGCCAACCUCAUCCUGGGCGGCGAGGCGGCGCUGUGGACCGAACAGGUGGACGACCACAACCUAGAUGCCAAGCUGUGGCCGAGAGGAGCAGCGUUGGCUGAGCGGCUCUGGACCAACCCACCUACUGGAUGGAAGCAGGCAGAGUUCCGUCUGAUCCAUCACCGCCAACGCCUGGUGAAACGCGGUGUCCUGUCAGAGAGGAUCCAGCCCCAGUGGUGCCACCAAAACGAGGGUCUCUGUUAUCUAUAAUUAGUGGUGCUGAGAGGACCCAGUCCCAGUGGUGCCACCAGAACUAGAGCCCCUGUUAUAUGUUGCCACACAGUUGUUAGCAGUGUGUCCUCUCCUCUAAUUGUGCUGGUCUUUAUAGUAUACAAGUGCAGCCUUGGCUUGUGGUUCCUGCUUAGUUUUGGCCAAGCACUGGUUGGCAUCUACACAUCUGUAGUGAUGGCCGGUGGCGGUGCUUUCCUUUGCUCUUGUUGUCUUAGGAUUAUACUCUUAAACGCUUUGUCAUCGUAUUACGACAAUUUCCAGAGGUUACAGCAAUGAUUAGUCAAGUUCUCAAGGAUAUAUUUACCACUGAUAGUGUUGCAACCCUUGUUAAACUAUCACUAGAAUCAUGAAAGCAUCCUUGAAAACUCCAGUAACCUCCACUAGAGUCUCUUAAACGUAACUUACAUAAGAAGCCAAAACACUUAGGAAUAAGGGCCUUAUGAUAAAUGUUGUCUCAUUUCGUUUUCGCUACCCAGAUAUGCUUAUGAUAUGAGUAAAACAUGGGCUUGAAUAAACUGCUUCCCACCUGAAAAGAC